AUGCGUGUAUCGGACAAAACGCAGCAGGUCGAAAGUAGGAGGGAGCUGAGAGCAGCAACACCAGCACAAGAAUAUGAAGGAACAGCAUUUGCUUUCCAUGGAGGUGGAUGCCUCCACUCCUCCACGAGAAAUACAAACAACCCGCAACAACGGAACGCUCCCCAAGAAGACGAUGAAGCUGUAGAAUCCAUUGGGGAAUAUAUGCACUGGAUAGAUGAGGCUGAAGCAUACCUCGAGGAACUACACGUUGAGGCUUUCAUUGAACGUGAUGGUUCACACAUUUCAUUAGAGCUAAUGGCGAGUCUGAAUAACUAUGGGAGUAUAUAUUUGUUUGCAUCUGAGAAGAGCGUUCUAGUAAGCGAGGCCGUUCUUGCGGAGAAAGCUUAG